AUGAAAUACUAUUUCAAUCUAAUUCUUAACUACAUUGUCUCAGGGAGUCGCUACAACAAAGCUAACAUAGUUUCUGGACAUUUACCUUAUUGGGGAUUAACAGCUUUAUCUGUAUAUAUAUUAGCACCAACAUUUACAAAAUUGCUGUUUGGAAGUGACGAGAUGUUUUCAAGCGCAUCCAAGAGAAUUGAUAAGAACACGACUGGAUUGAUAAACAAUAGGAAUGAUUGUUUUGCCAACUCCUCCGUUCAGGCACUAGCGGCGCUGCCGAAAUUGACGCAAUAUCUCAACGAACUGUUGGGAAGUGUGUCUUUAAUUGCAAACAUGCUGGAUAAUGAGCAUAACGAUGCAGAUCGUGGGGAGGGAGAUGGACUUCAUGACGCGUUAGUUGAUGGUCAUGUUUCAAAUCCUGUAGAUAGUUGGGAACGCGAUCUUUUAACACCGAAAGUUGAAUUGAAUCGUAACCCGAUUGAAAAUGGGGUCAGUAUAGAUCAGGGUCUUGUGACACCAAAGGCCGAGCCUAAGGAGAAUCCCAUGGAAAAUUUGUCAAGCUUGGACGGGGUUGUUGAAGAACAAAUUAUGCCAAGAACGAAAUCCACAACAACGUUAUCGACAUUACUUAAUGGGUCAAAGCUAAGCGAACGUAACUAUGCAUUAUCCACUGCCGGUGUAUCCGAGGAACAAGAGUUCAAUGGAACUGAAGAGACCAAAGUGACUAAGGCACAAAUUCCAGAAAUGCUCAUGCAUCUUGGUCUGGCAAAAAUCUUGGCUCAAUUACAAGAAACGGUUACUUCAUCGAGAAAUAUAUCAGUAUGGCCGUUACUUCGUAUACUUGAGAUAAUUUUCAAUGCAAAGAUUUCGUCUGGUCAAAAUGAUGCACAUGAAUUAACUCAAAUCAUCCUAGAAACUUUGCAGAAGGAAAAUACUAAGUUGGACGAAUUCGCAAAAAAACACAAAUUAGCAGUUCAAAUUCCCAAAGUACCAUUCCAAGGCAAUGUUGCAGGUCACCUGGUAUGUUUAGUCUGUACCAAAUCUUCCAAAGUCAAUGUUCACCCCUUCAACAUUUUCCCCUUGCAGGUCCCUCAAGCUUUUUCCGCAAAACUGUCUGAUAUGGUAGCAGAUAAUCAGACAGAAACUAUCGAAGGUUAUUCAUGCUUGGUUUGUAAAGUGAAAGCUAUUCUAGCGAAUGAGGAAGGUCGUGGCUAUAAAGAUUGUUUGCAGGAAGAGCUCAACAUUUUGAGAACUUUGAAGAAAGCAGUGUCCGAUCUUUUGAUUAAUGAUGACAUAUCAGAAGAAUUGUCGUCGUACAUUGACUCGUACAAUAAAAAUGGAGUAGUGGCGAAGGAUAUCAAGUCUACCAUUGUCAAAAAAACAGCUGUUGUCGAUUCUGCGGACAUUCUGGUGCUACAUUUGUCACGUUCAAUGUUCAACGGAAUGACAUAUUCAAGAAACUCUUGUGGAGUGGCAUUCGAUGAGAUUUUGGAGUGUGUCGAACAAGUUAUUGAAAAUAACAGGUGCGUUGGCAUCAAAACUGUAAGAUACAAAUUGAAAGCGAUGGUCAAACAUACAGGGUCUCAUUCUCAAGGGCACUACGAAUGUUACAGGCGUAAGCCAGAUUUUGUUAAAGAUACAGUCUCCAAACAGGUUAUCAAUAGAUCACCUUUGAUCAAUCUCAGUCUACUGGACACUCAAAAUACAAAUGUUUCGGAUUCCUUCAAAAAUCAAGAGAAUACUUUUGUUUCAAAUGGGAGUACUGAAGGUUUCAACCAACAAAUUCAAAACUCGCUAAGUAACUUCACUCUAAACGCGGAUGCUCUACCAAUUUCUGUGAAAACUAACGGCAGCUCUGAUGAUGAUUACACUAUAUCCGCCGGUGGCGAUAGCAAUAAGCCUAGUAGGAAACCUUCUGCACUAAAAAGAAUCACUGGAUUUCUUUCACGAAGAUCUUCUGUGAGUAAUGCCGCCGAUGAUUCAAAUAACGAAGCAAUCGUUCCCAGCUCAGUAGAUUUGAGCAGAAGUACGAAUAACUCAUUUGACAGAAGCAGGUCCAGCAGCAUCGUAGGAGAUGAAGUACCCCGUAGUAGAGCAGGAAGCGUGUCUACCAGCAACACUGGACGUGUGAGAGGUAGCAGUAUUUCGUCCGUGGACUCUCAAUCGUCAUACAUGAACUCCUCAGAUGCCAAUAUUGGUUCAACAAGCGCCAGCGAGCUAGAGAACAACACUACUGGAGGCAAAAGGAUCUUAAAAAAGAUUAAAAGUGUUUCUAAAUAUCCAUUUUGGCAUAUUUCAGAUACAACUGUUAAGGAGGCAAAGGCCAAUGAGGUUCUCGCUGAGAUGAGAUAUGUCUAUAUGUUAUACUACGAACGUAUAGAUUGA